AUGAUGGAGAUUGAGAAUCAAACAGACUAGGCAAUCAUAUUUCUUGACCACAGUAAUGUAAACUCCUUUCGUGAGUUAAUAAAGGACUAAAGGAAUGUAAGAAUGCACAUUGAUGAUUACUCUCAAUAUAAGGCCCAGUUUAUUGCUUCUGUUUUGUAAGAAUAAACCCAAAUGGAGCAGUAUGGCCUUUUAAUCGAUGCUCAUUCCUUGGGCUGCGCUGACACAAAGGCUAUUCUAAAGGCAAUAUCUUGCCUUUCCAGGUUGUCAGAGCUUGAUUUACAGCUACUAAAUGUCCGAGAAGAUUCUGAAAUGACAGAAAUUUUAUAAAUAUGUUAAUCACUUUCACUUACAUUAAAAAAACUUCGCUUUCUUUUUUAUCAUAUUGAAAUCAAUUAGCAGGGUUGUGAAGAUCUAAAAAUAGCUUUAUCUUAAUUGCAAAAUGUUAGCAAACUUUGUAUUGAUGUUAGCACUCUCAAAGAAUAGUAUGAUUAGAAUUUAGGAAUAAUUAGGGCAAAAAGCAUAGGUGAAGGACUGAGCACAUUAAAUAGUCUAGAAUCUUUAGAGCUGUCUAUAGCGGGGACUAACAUCGGUUCGAAAGGUGGAGAACUUUUAGAAUAGAAUUUAGUCAAAAUCCUGCUACAGAACUAGAAUCUAAAGAAACUUAAGAUUAAUGUUCACUCUAAUUAAUUAGGUGAUAUUCCAAUAGCUAAAAUAACGAAAUCAAUAGCGGAAAAUGCAAGACGUCUAACCUAACUUUAUUUAAAUUUUUCAAUAAAUAAUUUGACCAAUUAGGGUCUUUUUUAGAUGGGUAAGAUUUUCACUGUUUAUUAGAAACUAAAAUUCUUAGAGCUUGAUCUAAUGAGAAACGAUUUUGAUGAGCAAGGUUUAUCAUAAUUCUUUGGCGCUUUAACAAUAAACUCAUUAGAACGUCUCAAAGUUAGCAUAUCGAGAGUAAAAUUCAACUUAGAUGUCGUUUAACAGGUAAGAAAUCUAAUUUCAAACAAUCGUAGUCUCAGUAUUUUAGAUAUUUAACUUUCUAAUUGUACUAUGGACAAUCAAUCUUAAUUAUUCUUAGCUAAGAUUGUGAUAGAAAAUUCAUUUUAAAUUAGAAAAUUUAUUUUAUCAGGAAUCCAACUUCAGUUUUGGUACCAAUAUUUGCGUCCAUGUAUUGAAUAGUGCUUACACUAGAUUAAUGACCUUGCAAAUGUAGGUCUUUUUUUCUCUUUUCUUUGUUCCCCUGAAAUGCACUACCACCCCAACUUUAUCUUUUGUGAUCUAUACUUAUGA